UCAUCCUUAUUCAUGGUGCUUUCUUAUCUAUACAAAUAAUAAGACACAGUAGUAACACAUCCUAAGACAAAGGCCAACUUCUGCUCUCCUUUCCAAAGAGAAAAUCCACAGGCUGCCGUGUGGGAGGAGGGACCAGGAAGAGGUUUAUCGUGGUCAACACUGUCGUCCUAAUCCGCUCUUAGGGGAUAGAGGCUUAGUGGGACCUCAGGUUAGGUUGAUCACAACUUGUCUCAGACACAACCAUCCACACGAGCAAGGCAUUCAUUGGUUUGCACGCAUGAGUUAUUUCACCCUCAGAAGUCUGUUCUCUUCUUAGUUCUGCGGAUUCAUUGAAGCAAACGUUUCUGUGGGCAGGCGUAGAGGCAGCAGCUCUGUGGACCUCAGAGAGCACACCUGCCACACUCCAGCUACACACUAGCUGUUUCUUUCUUUGUGUUUCUUUAAUUCAACCAAGACUUCUGAAGAUGAAAGACCGCCUGGCUCAGCUGAAGGAGAAGAGCGAUGCAGGUGGUGAUGAUAUUGAGGUUCCUGUGGAGAGUGAGGCUUUCAUGGAUGAUUUCUUUGCUCAGAUUGAAGACAUCCGCAGCAGUAUUGACAAGAUUGACGAGAGUGUUACAGAAAUCAAAAAACUCUACUCCACCAUCCUGUCUGCCCCGACCUCCGACCAGAAAACACAGGAUGAUGUCGAGGCUCUCACCAAUGAGAUUAAAAAGUCGGCCAACAAUGCAAGAAACAAACUGAAGAGUAUCGAGCGCCAGCUGGAGUCAAACGCCGACGAGAGGGCCUCGGCCGACCUCAGGAUACGCAAGUCACAGCACGCCAUUCUGGCCAAAAAGUUUGUAGAGGUGAUGACAAAGUACAACGAGGCUCAGGUGGACUUCAGAGACAAGAGCAAGGGACGGAUCGCCCGCCAGCUGGAGAUCACUGGAAAAACAACGACUGAUGAAGAGUUGGAUGAGAUGCUGGAGGGAGGAAACUCUGCAGUCUUCACAGCAGGGAUCAUGGACUCUAAGAUCAACCAGCAGGCCCUGAAUGAGAUCGAGGCUCGUCACAAAGACAUCAUGAGGCUGGAGAGCAGCAUUAAAGAACUCCACGACAUGUUUGUUGAUAUUGCCAUGCUGGUUGAGAACCAGGGUGGGAUGAUUGACAGAAUCGAAAGCAACAUGGACCAGUCGGUGGGCUUUGUCGAGAGAGCCGUGGCCGACACCAAGAAGGCUGCCAAAUACCAGCAGGAGGCCCGCAGGAAACAAAUGAUGAUCUUCUGCUGCUGCGUGAUUUUGGCUGUCGUCCUGGGUUCAUUUGUCUACAGCUUCAUCAAAUAGAGACCCUAAUGAAGAAAGUCUCCCACCAUCUGAGGCCACGGGAGGCCGCAGGACACUCAGUUUGCUCUAAUUUCAUUACAUAUCAGGAACAAAGCGCCACAUUUAUGAUCAGUUCAAUCAGAAAAACAUGACGAUAGCUUUCUUCUUCAUGGCCUCGCUCCAGUCUGUGUCCCUAACCUGUCCAAUAACAAACUGAAUAUGACUGUGUGCACAAAACAGAAAAGAAAAGCUGGAGACCUUUCAGUGCAGCGACCGACACGUUAAUAAUCCCACCAAGAAUGUCCACAUCAUAGGGCUACAUGCAUGUUUAAUGUGUUAGCAUCAGCUCAUCAUUACUUAGCUGUGCUCAGUGCAAAUGUGUGUGAUACGUCUUACCCUAACCCUGCUGCAGUUGAUCUGCUGUGGAGCGAUUUUUCAGAACCAAACUUGGAAUUUGAAAAUGUGCAGCAUGAAAGGUCACCAACAAUCAGGGCCAAGCCUGUGAAUUACUGAGUGUGACUGCUAGCAUGCUCCAUUUCAUUUUCAUUCACUGAUUUGUCCACUUAUCAUAUCCAUAUUCAGGAAAGUGCACCUGAUUUGUAAACAACUUUUGAAUAAUGCAGCCAUGAAAAGCUUUUAUUAGGAAGAUUAGCUGUUGUGUUGCUGUGUAAGGAAUAAACAGCAGAGGGUGUCCAUUAAUAUUAGAGUGAUUACAGCAGGUGCUGGUACCUGACACACCUGUGCUGUAGACUGCAUCCUGCCCCGUGUCCACAGCAGGCCCAUCGAGAGGCCUUUAGGAUUCACAGUAAAAAUCCACGUAGUGAGCUUUUAACCUUGAAGUGAUUAAAAAUGGCUCAUCUUAGAUAGUGUGACUCAGGAAUUGAUGUUCAUUUUAAAUGUGUAAGAUUAGAAAUACAAAUCAUUUGAUGAUUCAGGUAUUUGGUUUAGAUCGUUGUUAUUUGUGUUUAUUACGACUGAACUCUCAUGUUUGUAUAAUGUGCUUGUGUGUCUGUUUUUAUGCUUGUUAUUCUGGCACUUGCUCUGACCCACACUGUGGUGUUGGAUGCAGUACAGCCCACUCGUGAACUGAGAGCCUGCUCUCCUAUAUCAAUAUUUUUGAAAAUGUGUAUUCCAAUAAAAUUCCAAUUGGAAGUUUUCUGAGGCGUCUGAACAAACUGAUGGCAGACUAUUUAGUUGCGCAGUGUGUUCAGAAAAAUAACCUGGAAGAUUUGUCCUGCCGGGAGAGGUCAUCGAUUAUCGACAGGCAGCUGUUGUGUGACAAUGAACUAUCACAGAUUUUAUUCAUGUUCAAAUUUGAUCCUAGGACCGCUAAAUAUCAAAUUCCGGGGACUGAGGUGUGCAUUCACAGGGACACGCUGUAAGGUCUGGUCUGCCGAUGCUUCCAGCGCUUCAUCGUUAGCUUCUUUGUACACGCUGUGUGUUUGUGUCUGCUGCUGACUGAAGGCCGUGGCUCUGAGCACGGCGAACUAUUUGUAAAAGUGCAUCGUUUGUAGUUUUCUUCACUUUUUGAAUAAAAGUCAAUCUGUCAGUUA